AGCCAAGCAUAAGCAACACUGUAACGUGUACUGGUAAAAACGUAGCAGAAAAAGUGCGAAAACUGUUGAAGAAUCGUUAAGGAUUUUGAUGUAAAUAUUGAGCUGAUUUCGUACGCAUAUCUUGGGAGUGUCAAGUAAAAGAGAAAAAAAAACAAACAAAAAUAUAUUAAUCAAAGUUCAUUUCAUCUCCUCCCGCCAGAAACGAGUCGAAAAAGAAGGGCGAUAACUUUAAAAAGUGUCAAGUGUAUUAUUCGCAACGAAAAAAACAAUUGCAUCCAAAUUGUUUAACUGUCUAGUUAAAAUUAAUUUAACGAACAAAACAAUCACCGUGUGCAUAUCGUCAGUCGUUUUUUGUUAUGCUGUUUAAACACUACUGAGCAAAUGAAUAAAAAGGAGAAGUUCGGCGUCAUAAUUAUUCGAACGUCGAAACCACGUUGACCAAAUGUAAAAUACAUAGCCACCGAAAAAGUUGCCAAGACAUAUCCCAAUAUUUGGAAGAAAAACGAAAAUCAGACGAGUACGUGAUAUCUUUAGGCGUAAACACGGCAUAUCGCAAAAUUACGAAAAGACUAGACCGUGGAAACACUUGGAAGUAAAAAACAGAUACCGUGAUACAUCAGAUACCUGUAUUACGCAAUUGGACGAGAAUCGGCGGUGCAGCUGAAAAAUGUGAUUUCCUCGUGUUAAGGAAACCCGUGCGAUACGGUGUCCGGGAGGCUUGUGUGUGCGUCACGUGUGUGAACGUGAGUGAGGGGGUGGGAAGUGUGCGAGUUCUCUGUGUGCCAAAUCUCAUCGAAGGUCACAAGGCCACUCAGGAUGGGUUGUGGACAGAGUAAGAUCGGCAAUAUAUAUCCGAAGAACAAGAAGAAUAAGAAUAACUCCAAGAAAAAUGGUAGCGCGUCGAUCGAGCAUAAAAAUGGCAAUGGAAAUGGAAACAGCAAUAACAAUGCUAAUGGUAAUGGUACAAAAACGAACAAUAACGUCGCUGACGUGAAUCGAAAUGAAGAUCAAAGCGGACCGAUUGAUCCUAAGUCGCAAGCAAAGAAGAAGCCAAACGCACGGCGAAGAGGACCUCUAUUAGUACAAGAAGACGUAUCCUCGAGCCAGUUGGACUUCUUCAAGAUGCUCGACGAGAAGAUUGAGAACGGUCCGGACUACGAUGAGACCCUGGAUGCGGCUGCGACUGCAGAAAGAGUAUCGAGCCUACUUCGUCGUUGGGAAUUAGCCAGUGUAAACUGGUCCAGCGUGAUCGAUUUAAAUACGUCGCCAUCGAAUCUGAAGAGUCGCUCACCUGUUCUAAGUACUUCGCGUCAGAGCUUAAGCGCCAAGGAUCGCGAGGGCAUGCGUAACAUAAUAGGCGGCCGGCCAGAGAGUGCGCCAGUCUUCGUAAGGAAUGCAAAUCGUGUCGAUGGCCUGCAGGAGACUCACUGUCCAUCGCCAAAUAUGCCUAAACACGUUCUCGAGUCGAUUACUCAGAGUCCUACCCAGAGCCUGAAGAACACACCACCAGGAAUGUCACCUAACAGUAUUCGCUGUCAGGAGUUCAGAGAGUAUAAGGAGUACAAGGAGUACAAGGAGAGCAAGGGCGGUGGUGGUGGUGCUGGCGGUGGCGGUGGUGGUGGAAAAUAUCAGAGCAGUCAGUUAAACGGGGAAUUUAUGAGUCAGCAAGCUCUCUAUCGGGAGCAGUACCUUCAACAGACAGGAAUAGUCACCAUUCCUGCACAGUACUCUGCGGGAUCACCUGGUGGCAAUGUACUACGGAACAAUCCUUACGUCCAACAGUUUCAGAUCCCCAGCCCUCAACACUUCCCGACGCCCAGGAAACGACCGUUCAACGCUGCCCAGAUGACGUGACCGGGAUCGGCCGCCAUGACGAGAUAAGACUGAUGAAACAAAAAACGCUAGGAAGUCGAGGACUUGAAAUACGCCAAAUGUCGUAAUAGAGGAGGGCAUUUUAAUCGCGAAUGGUGGAUAUGUCUUGAAUGCAUACAUGCUUAUGUACAUACAUACAUACAUAAAGUGAAACAUACUAUACAUACAUACAUACAUACACACACAGGUUUUAUUCAAAAUUUUUAUGAAUUCUUAUCGGGGAUACUUGUACACGCAUGCAUACACUUUUACGUACAAUCACGCAGACACAUCAUUUGCGAAAAUGAUUUAUCCUGAUUCUCGAGACUCCAAAUAUUCUUCACCGGGACUGCAGGCCUGUUCUCGGGGAUGUUUUUUAAUUGUGAGAUUACUGGAUGAUCUACAGAGCUAGGCCUAAAAUACGAAGCAUCAGAAAUAAUAAGAAAAACGAAACUCUUGCUUGAUGCCGACGAUUCUCUGGACAUCGCGCCUAGACUAGGAUACUUGUUAUAAGUGCCAAAAAAAAAGAAAUGAAAAAUACAAAGAUAACUUUCUGUACGCGAGCAAUUUAAAUGUCUUGAUAUGACUGCGCUUAACAGCUUCGAACGAUGAUGAACUUUCAGAGAGGCCAAUACCUACCCCACGAAACACUUAGUGUUUCGAAGAUCCUGUGGGGGAAGAAAAGUUAUGUACCUUUGCCAUUCGCAUGUCAACGCGGUACUUUUUUUUCUUCUUAAUUCCUCAAGGUCAAGAAACAAACUGUGAAGAGAAUUCAGAUCCUGCGUUCACACACCGAUGUUGCGACGCAAGGUUCUCUUUUGUAUAAAUGUAUUAGAAAAGAAGAAAGAAGAGUCUAUAUAUAUUAUAUAUACAUAUAAAUAUAUAAAUAUGUGUGUGUACGAGCGAGAAAAAUCAGAUUUAGAAAUUUCUAAUUGUAUCGUGUAUAGAAUCACUGUAUUGUACACUACACUAUCUAUUAUAUACACCUAACUUAACGUGAUGACUGUAUAUUUCUAUGUUGACCAUGUUUAAACUACCGAUAUACAUAUUAUAUAUACAUAUAUAGUUGAUGAUGAAGAAAAUUUUAUAUUUCAUGUUAUUAUGCAAGCUAUAUAUAUAUAUACACAUAAUAUCCAUGGAAUCGGUAACUCGCUUUACUUAUUCAUAUACACUGUCCUCUGGAAAUUUCCACGUUCGUUUCACUUUUCCAUUGAUCAAUUGCUCUGUUUCCUUUUUCUCUUUCUUUACUCUUUCUUUUUACACAAAAUAAAUAAAUCCAUCUCUCUGCAAA